GCUCCAACCGCCACCCUCCCGUCCGGAUAUCGCACGCUCCCAAACGUUGGCACCGAGGCCGGCCGUUGUGCGGCGAAGGCUCGGAGGCGCGGGAGUGGGCAGUGUCCUUAGGCAGCCGCGUUUCUUCGGCGCUUGUUAAGUCCGCAGAUGCGGCAGGCCGUUGGGCACGAGCCAAUGUGGUGUAGGACGUACUCACCACAUCUCUGCGUGCUGAUCCUCACAGGCGGCCCAACACACGCCCUUCUCAGCUAGCCAGCCGCGGCCGGCUUGAUCCACGCUCUCCCACGCCUGCAGGCCCCGCUGAAAGAUGUUGGUCGCCUGCGACCAUGCCUCUUGUUCCUUCCCGCGUAGGAUUCCGGAGCCAUCGUCGUCGCGGAGCGCGCAGACUACGCCUCGUGACACCAAGGCCGGCAGGGGACAACGCAGGAUUCUUCUGCCUGGUGUUGAGCUAAUGUGGGCCAACCUCGGCGAGGACGCGCUUGUCCCUGACAGCUUCGACGAGUCGAGUGUGUUUGUGCAGCUGCGCGACGUUUCCGAUUCGCCUGGUUCCGAGAAAGCAGGGCAUGGAACAAGUUCCCGUCCACCGCGCCAACAUGGGCGAGGUACCCGCCUGCUUGCAGGAAGCAGGUUACCAGCAUGCCCUCGAGAUCGCACUGCUUGCGACACGAGCAGAAUUUGCGAAGCUGUCUGCCAGCGGUUUACCGAGGCAAUCGUGACCCGCAAGGUCAUAGCCGGCCACCAACUGCGGCCGCACAAGCUUGGUCGUGAUGCAGCAUUGCCGGCCUUCUCGACGAUCAACAGCGGAUCCUGGCUGCGCAUCGCCGACCAUAUGAUGCAUAAUCCUAAAAUGAGUUCUUUGCGUCAGUAGCCCGGAAAGCGGCCACCCCUUCCUCGGUUGCCUGGAACAUAUGGUCCUAGUCCGGUCCAGGAACUCCCGAUCCUUCUCGGUAAUCGGCCAACGGGACGCUGAUUCGAGCGUGCCGGUGUUGCUUUCGUUUCUCUCACUUUCUUUCUUGCCUUCCGGCAGCACACACGAUCUUCA